GGAGAUCUUCAGCGCAACGGGCCGGUUCCUGGGCGGCAUUCAGCGAUGACAGUUUGAUAUCUCACGAAUACCGGUUCGCACCCUCAUACACAGCGUAGCUUUACGCACAGCAUGCUUCGAUUGGACCAAACGGCACCCGUGGCGCACUGAAACGGGACUUGGAAAGUUACUUAAACCGAACGAAGCUUAUUCUGUAUCUGGGCGGACUCAGUGAACGGGAGGUUCUUCACUGCAAAAGACUCGUCUUGGGGAUAACAAAUAGCAACGCGCCAGGAACAGAACUAACUUUUUGGUUUACUGGAAUGAGAAUAGCACAGCGUCAUUGAUUAUGAGCGAAUUAUCACGCCUCUAAUCAUAUCCGGGGGACCGUUAUCAACAGUUUGUGAACUAGAGGCGUUUGCGCUCUGGACUGGGAAUAUACUGAUUGAUCAAACAUUUAUCAAGUGAAUGCAUGAGAGUAGAAACAGUGGAUGAACGGACACAAGUCUGUUAUCAGUCUGCCGUGCUUUGGAGUCGUUGACUGCUAAAACUGAAGUUUUAACAUACUGUUCACAAACUCACACAUACAAAGGAGUUUAACAGUAUUGAAGUUUAAGGUAUAAAUGUGAAGGAUUAGUCUCUUGAGUCGUACAAGACCUCGCACAAGACGCGACAGAGACACUCAGAACAUUACGCGCACAACUGUGGCUGGGCUGUGGAGGAGCAACAUGUGCCGGACAAAAGCGUUCAGUAUCUCUCCAUCUGCCUCUCUGGCAAUGUUUGGGAAUUCGGGUAAAGCCAGAAAGAGACCCUGUUGGAUUGUAAUAUUGCUGUCGGUGCUCCUACAUCUGGCUUCAGCACAAGAUGACGUUCCUCCAUACUUUAAAACAGAGCCUGUACCGAGUCAGUUGCACCUGGAGAGGAACCGGUUGGUUCUGACCUGUAUGGCCGAGGGGAGCUGGCCUUUGGAGUUUAAAUGGAUCCACAACGACACAGAGAUCACGCGGUUCUCGCUGGAGUACAGGUAUUUGAUACCAUCUCUGGACAGAUCGCAUGCUGGCUUCUAUCGGUGUAUUGUGAGGAACAGAGUCGGAGCGUUGUUACAGAGGAGAACCGAAGUACAAGUGGCAUAUAUGGGAAGUUUCGAGGAAGGGGAACGGGCCCAAGCCAUAUCCCAAGGAGAAGGAGCCGUAAUACCAGCGCCUCGCAUUCGCUAUUUCCCUCAACCACAGGUUACCUGGUUCAGAGACGGACGCAAAAUCCCUCCCAGCAGUCGGAUAGCCAUUACUCUGGACAAUACGCUGGUCAUCCUGUCCACCGUGGCCCCAGAUGCUGGAAGAUACUACGUACAAGCUGUAAAUGACAAGAAUGGCGAAAACAAGACUGGCCAGCCCAUAACACUGUCAGUGGAAAAUGUUGGUGGUCCUGCAGACCCCAUCGCUCCCACCAUUGUCAUCCCACCGAGGAACACCAGUGUCAUCUCCGGCACCUCUGAGGUCACCAUGGAGUGUGUGGCCAACGCUAGGCCACUAAUAAAGCUGAGCAUUAGUUGGAAGAAGGAUGGUGUUCCGGUGAGGAGUGGACUGAGUGAUUUUAACCGUAGACUGACGGUGUUGAGUCCAGUGGUCAGUGAUUCUGGCUUCUACGAGUGUGAAGCGGUCCUCCGCAGCAGCAGCGUUCCCUCUGUCAGCGCUGGAGCGUACCUACAUGUGCUCGAACCACCUCAGUUUGUGAAGGAACCAGAAAAACACAUCACAGCUGAGAUGGAAAAGGUAGUGGACAUUCCCUGCCAGGCCAGAGGUGUGCCUCAGCCUGAUAUUGUGUGGUACAAGGACGCAGUACCCAUAAGCCCCGUGAAGACCCCGCGCUACAGAGUGCUGGCAGGAGGUAGUCUCCAGGUUAACGGCCUUCUGCCCGAUGACACCGGAAUGUUCCAGUGCUUCGCCCGCAGCCAGGCCGGAGAGGUGCAGACCAACACCUACCUCGCCGUUACGAGCAUAGCACCGAACAUCACAGCAGGGCCUUCCGACAGCACUGUGAUUGACGGCAUGUCAGUUAUCCUGCACUGUGAGACCUCAGGAGCGCCCCGUCCUGCCAUCACCUGGCAGAAAGGAGAACGAGUGCUGGCAAGCGGUUCGGUUCAGCUCCCGCGGUUCACUCUCCUAGAGUCAGGAAGUUUACUCAUAAGCCCCUCCCACAUAUCAGACGCCGGCACCUACACCUGCAUGGCCAGCAACUCCCGAGGUAUAGACGAGGCUUCAGCCGACCUCGUGGUCUGGGCACGUACACGCAUCACUAAUCCUCCUCAGGAUCAGAGCGUCAUCAAAGGAACAAAAGCCACCAUGACCUGCGGUGUGACGCAUGACCCCAGUGUCUCAGUCAGGUUUGUUUGGGAGAAGGAAGGUCAGGUGAUCAUCCUUCAGUCUCUGCCUCGACUGCGGCUGGAUGUCAACGGGACGCUGCACAUCUCUCAGACCUGGUCAGGUGACAUCGGCACAUACACCUGCAGAGUGACAUCGGUGGGCGGCAAUGAUUCCCGCAGCGCGCACUUACGCGUGAGGCAGUUACCUCAUGCCCCUGAGAACCCCAGCGCAGUGUUAAGCACCACAGAGAAGAGAGCUAUAAACCUGACAUGGGCCAAACCUUUUGACGGGAACAGCCCUCUCAUCCGCUACAUUCUGGAAGUGUCUGAAAACAAUGCUCCAUGGACAGUCCUGUUGGCCAACAUCGAGCCGGAGUCGACUGCUGUAACCGUCAACGGGCUCAUCCCGGCGCGCUCAUACCAGUUCCGCCUGUGUGCCGUCAACGACGUUGGCAAGGGCCAGUUCAGCAAGGAGACUGACCGGGUGUCUCUUCCAGAGGAGCCACCCAGCGCUCCGCCUCAGAACGUCAUUGCCAGCGGCCGCACCAACCAGUCCAUCAUGAUUCAGUGGCAGCCGCCACCAGAAAGCCACCAAAACGGCAUCCUGAGAGGAUACAUCAUCCGGUAUCGUCUGACCGGUCUGCCUGUGGAUAUCCAGUAUAAAAAUAUCUCUAACCCUGAUGUCACCAACCUGCUUCUGGAGGAUCUCAUCAUCUGGACUAAUUAUGAAAUUGAGGUGGCGGCAUAUAACGGAGCUGGACUGGGUGUUUACUCCCAUAAAGUUACAGAGUGGACACUCCAAGGAGUUCCCACCAUCGCUCCAGGCAAUGUGAAAGCCGAGCCCGUCAACUCCACCACAAUACGCUUCACCUGGACAGCCCCGAACCCGCAGUUCAUCAACGGCAUCAACCAGGGCUACAAGCUGUUAGCAUGGGAGCCAGGAAAGGAAGAUGAGAUGACGAUAGUGACGGUUCGGCCGAACUUCCAGGACAGCGUGCAUGUGGGCCACAUCACCGGCUUAAAGAAGUUUUCCGAGUACUUCACCUCUGUGCUCUGCUUCACCACACCAGGAGACGGUCCUCGCAGUCCUCCACGACGUCUGCGCACUCAUGAAGACUCCCCUGGUGCUGUGGGUCACCUGAGCUUCACUGAGAUUCUAGACACUUCUCUCAAAGUCAGCUGGAGAGAGCCCAAUGAGAAGAACGGCAUUCUGACUGGGUAUCGUAUAUCAUGGGAGGAGUAUAACCGUACUAACACACGGGUUACACACUACCUGCCAAAUGUUACUCUGGAAUACAGAGUCACUGGACUGACCGCUCUCACCACUUACACCAUUGAGGUGGCUGGAAUGACCUCCAAGGGUCAGGGUCAGCUGUCAUCUUCAACCAUCUCUUCAGGAGUACCGCCAGAGCUUCCUGGGCCUCCCACAAACUUGGCCAUCUCAAACAUUGGUCCUCGAUCGGUAAACUUGCAGUUCAAGCCAGGAUACGACGGCAAGACCUCAAUUUCUCGUUGGCAGGUGGAGGCCCAGGUGGGUGUCAUUGGAGAGAAUGAGGAUUGGGUGAUGGUCCAUCAGCUGGCCAACGAGCCUGAUGCUCGCUCUCUGGAGGUCUCCGGCCUCAACCCCUACACCUUUUAUAGGUUCCGUAUGCGUCAGGUGAACAUAGUGGGCACCAGUCCACCCAGCCAGCCUUCCAGAAAGAUCCAGACCCUGCAGGCUCCUCCUGAUAUGGCUCCUGCAAAUGUCACCCUGCGAACGGCCAGCGAAACCAGCCUCUGGCUCAGAUGGGUGCCUCUUCCUGAAUGGGAGUACAACGGGAACCCAGAUUCGGUGGGUUACCGUGUGCAGUACAGCAGGACCAGAGCUCAGUCCAAAGCCCUGCUGCACAUCAUUGCAGAUCGCCUGGAGAGAGAGUUCACCAUCGAGGACCUGGAGGAGUGGACAGAGUAUGAGGUCAGAGUUCAGGCCAUCAACGGCAUUGGAGCAGGACCCUGGAGUCAACCCGUACGGGGAAGAACCAGAGAGUCCGUCCCCUCUUGUGGCCCCACAAAUGUUUCUGCAUUUGCCACUACCUCCAGCAGCAUUCUGGUCAGCUGGUUUGAAGUUCCCGAACCCGACCGGAAUGGACUCAUCUUGGGCUAUAAGGUGGUGUAUAAGGAGAAGGAUUCAGACUCUCCUCUUAAGUUCUGGAUGGUGGAAGGAAAUGCCAGCCACAGUGUUCAGCUGACCGGACUGGGAAAGUAUGUUUUGUACGAGAUCCAGGUGCUCGCCUUCACCCGCAUUGGAGACGGCCGACCCAGCACUCCUUCAAUCCUGGAGCGAACCCUUGAUGAUGUGCCUGGGCCGCCGGUCGUCAUUCUUUUUCCUGAAGUCCGGACCACCUCGGUCAGACUCAUCUGGCAGCCACCUUCCCAGCCCAACGGCAUCAUACUGGCCUAUCAGAUCACAUACCGCCUGAACUCUACCAAUAGCAACACAGCCACGUUUGACGUCUUGAACUCCAGUGCACGGCAGUAUACUGUCACCGGACUGAGGCCGGAAUCCGUGUACGUGUUUCGUAUCAGAGCGCAGACACGCAAGGGAUGGGGAGAGGCAGCGGAGGCUUUGGUGGUCACCACCGAGAAGAGAGCUCGGCCACAACCCACCAGCCGGCCCACAGUCCCACAGGAAAACGUACUGGCACGCAGUGUGCUGUUGUCAUGGGAACCCGGCAGUGACGGUUUAUCUCCGGUCCGGUAUUACACGGUUCAGGUCAGAGAGCUGCCUGAGAAGAACUGGACCAUUCAUUCUGCGUCUGUUAGCCACGAGUCCAGCUCCUACAUUGUUGACAGACUGAAGCCUUUCACCUCCUAUCAGUUCAGAGUGAAGGCCACUAAUGAUAUUGGAGACAGUGACUACAGUGAAGAGAGUGAAGCCAUUACAACACUACAGGACGCUCCUGACGAAUCUCCCACAAUCCUGACUGUCACGCCACACACCACAACCUCUGUGCUGAUUUGCUGGCAGCCCCCUCCUGAGGAGAAGAUUAACGGCAUCCUCUUGGGCUUCCGAAUCCGAUAUCGGGAGUUGUUUUACGAUCGGCUCCGAAGUUUCAGCGCUCAUGCCAUCAGCAGCCCUUCAACCAGCUGGGCAGAACUCACAUCUCCAUACAGCAUACGGAACCUCAGCGAUCCCUCACUCACUCAGUAUGAGCUGGACAAUCUUACGAAACACAAGCGCUAUGAAAUCAGAAUGAGUGUCUAUAAUGCUGUUGGUGAGGGACCAACUAGCUCACCGCAGGAAGUCUUUGUUGGUGAAGCAGUUCCCACUGCCCCGCCUCAAAAUGUGAUCAUCCAAUCAGCUACUGCCACGCAAUUUGAUGUAACGUGGGACCCGCCUCCACUGGAGACUCAGAAUGGAGAUAUUCAGGGUUAUAAGAUUUUCUUUUGGGAAUAUAAGCGUAAAAACGAGACCGAGAAACUGCGGACUCUCUUUUUGCCAGAGGGAGGGGUGAAGCUCAAGAAUCUAACGGGCUACACCACCUACAUGAUCAGUGUUGCUGCUUUCAACGCAGCCGGAGAUGGGCCACGCAGCCCACCAACCAGAGGAAGAACCCAGCAAUGUGUCUGUCUAGAGUCCUCAGUGGCCUGUGUCGACUGUCUUCACUCCCCCUCCCCCCCAGGCGUCAGUAAGAUCGUGACGGUGGACGUGAAGGGGAACGCCCCCCUGUGGCUGAAAAUCAAAGACCUGGCGGAUGGCGUCACAUACAACUUCCGCAUUCGUGCCAAAACAUUCACCUACGGUCCGGAGGUAGAGGCCAACAUCACCACAGGACCUGGAGAAGGAGCCCCGGGCCCUCCCGGUGAGCCCUUCAUCUCUCGAUAUGGCUCCGCCCUCACCAUCCACUGGACCAAUGGGGAUCCCGGGCGAGCACCUAUCACCCGCUAUGUUAUUGAGGCCAGGCCCUCAGAUGAAGGCUUGUGGGACAUCUUAAUCAAGGACAUUCCCAAGGAAGUGACAUCAUACACCUUCAACAUGGAUAUCUUGAAACAGGGAGUCAGCUAUGACUUCCGGGUCAUCGGGGUGAAUGAUUAUGGGUAUGGGUCUCCAAGCCAACCGUCACCAUCUAUAUCAGCACAAAAAGUGGCUCCGUUCUAUGAGGAAUGGUGGUUUCUGGUGGUGGUGGCUCUGGUCGGCCUCAUUUUCAUCCUGCUUCUAGUUUUCAUCCUCAUCAUCAGAGGCCAGAGCAAGAAAUAUGCCAAGAAAUCUGACUCAAGCAACAAUUCCAACUGUAAUGCAUUGACACAUGGAGAGAUGGUCAGCCUGGACGAGAGCCGCUUCCCUGCCUUGGAACUGAACAAUCGACGACUGUCUGUCAAAAAUUCCUUCUGCCGCAAAAAUGGCAUCUACACUAGGUCACCUCCUCGACCCAGUCCAGGCAGUUUGCACUACUCAGAUGAGGACGUCAGCACCAAGUACAAUGACCUGGUCCCAGCAGAGAGCAGCAGCCUCACAGAGAAACCAUCAGAGAUCUCCGAUUCACAGGAGGCGCUUGUUUUCUCCUUUAAGACUGGGGGCCUCCAUACUCUUCCAACUCAAAGGGGCAGUGACAGUGAAUACGAGGUGGACCCCAACCGACAGAAGACCCAUUCAUUCGUCAACCACUACAUCAGCGACCCCACCUACUACAACUCCUGGCGCAGGCAGCAGAAGGGAAUCUCCCGAGCACAGGCCUACAACUACACCGAGUCGGAGUCUGGAGAGCCCGAACCCUGCGCUCCUCCGCCGCCUCUGCCCCCUCUACCCCCGUUCCCACCCAACCCCCCGCAGCUCAGUUCCUCUACGCCCCAGAGCCAGUCCCAGACUGGCAGUCUUUUUAGACCCAAGGGCAGCCGGACUCCCACUCCAUCCCAGCAAAGCUCCAACCCACCCAGUCAGCACAGCACACUUUAUCGGCCCCCAAGCAGUUUGGCCCCAGGCUCCCGGGCCCCCAUCGCUGGCUUCUCCUCCUUUGUUUGAUAGAAUGAAGAUAUCGGCACAUGGAAAUUCAAAACGAAGGCAGGGGAUCUCUUACUUUCCCCAACACCUGGUCAAACUCACGUCUAUAGAAGAACGACAACAAACAUCAGCCCUGGAUCUGUUGUGUUUUAGCUGAUUUUUAUUUUUGUAUACUUUCUUUGAUAACACAGUUUGUUUGUUUUUUCGUUUAGGUUUUUGUUUUGUUUCUUUGCUUGUGUAUGUUCAGCGUGUUUCGCUUAUAAUGAAAGACAAUCACUUGGAAAGACACGUAAACGCAUCAGUGAGCUUUGUUUGUUUUGGUUUGGGUUUUUUGUGCAAACUGCAUGACUUUUUUAUUGUUCAAACAAUUGCUUUCUUUUGCUUUUUCAUUUUGUUGUUAUUGGUUCUUUUGUUUAAUUGAGUUCCACAAAAGAGUACAACACCAACACUAAGUUACGAAUGCUGGACAAAAGCACCGACACAUGAAAAAUAAUUUAAAAAGGCUAUGGAGAAAAUCUCAGCACUUGGACCACAUCAAGACAAACGCUAAAUGGUGGUUUUGACUGUGGUAUUUUUGUUUUUACACAGAUGACAAAGUACUGCGGUGAUUACGAGAGGUUAAAGUUCAUUUGACUAGAGACUAUGAUCUGAUAAAGACCCGCAUGCACUUAGCACAUGUUUGAGUUGGAAAGCCAGCAUCAUUUAUUGAUGUCACAGGUCAGUUUUCACCAGUGCUCUGAAAAGGCCAAAGGUCAAAUUAAGUGCUUCAUGCUAAUAUGUGUAUUGAAUGUUUUUACGGAGGUAAAAUGUAGAUUGUUUGUAAAGUUGAGCACGAGUAUAUUUUCCCUCGUGAAACUUAUGGAAGGCCAAAUAUGUAAGCGUCUGAUUCACUAUGAUAUUAUUAUACUAUUGCUCUGGAUUCAUUCAUAUUCAGAGCCAUUCAUGUCAGCAGCAGGUGUGUAUGUGUAUAUGUGGUGGGUGGGGCCAUUUGUUGCUCCUUUUGAUUUGACUCUAUGAUGUCAUCCUGAGCUUCAGGUUGCACUUCUGCCGUGCAAACAGUAACGUUGGACACUAACGUCAAUAAACAGCAGCGGAUAUCGGAUAUUUGCCAGGUGUCAAACAUACCCAUCACCUUUCAGAUUUUCCCUUUCCUGAUCAUCUGGCAAGACAUAACGUCAUAGAAGCUGACAACAUUUCAAAGAUUGUGCAACCAAGAAAAUGCAUUGUACCUGUGAACUUCGGAUUUUUCACCACUUCGCUUUGGCGUGGCUUUUCAAAGUAACUGAAGAUAAAAGAAAAUGGACUAAGGGACCCAACACGACGCCAGCAGAGAACUAAACGGCACUUGCACAGCUUACUUGUGAGGUUUAAUGAUGUUGUUUGCUCUUUCUUUUCCGUGAAGUGAUUUUACUGUCUGUAUAAACAAGGUCAAUGACAUGCUCAGUCUGCCUGAACACAGUAU